AUGGCUGAACCAGAGGUCAAUGGCAGUGGCACCGGUGCCGGCCUCAACCCCGUUGCCGUCAAGAAGGCGCUGGUCUCUUCCUCAACGGCGGCGCGUGUUGCACAGCUCCAUCAAAUCGACGAGUCAAUAACCCACAAGACGUUGGACCAGAGCCUCGUUCCCGGCCUCCUCAAGCUUCUGUUCGACACGCACCCCCUGUACCAUGACCGGGAGUCUCGACUGGCGGUGCAGAAAUGCCUGGCCUCCAUCAUCGAUGCCGGCCCCGACACUGCCACCCUCGACCCGCUGGUCAAGGCCAUGCGCCGCGAAAGUCAAAAGCCGGGAAUCGCUGCCUCGAGCGCAUUUGUCCUGGUGGAAUGGUGCUGUGUCUUCAUGCAGCACCUCGCCGGCUCCCCUGCGUGGGACGAGCUAGCCAGCGACCUUCUCUUGACCGACGCAGAUGCCUUGGACAAAUGCCUCCAACCAGGUUCCAAGGGCGGCGUUGCGAGAUCUGCGCUUGUUGCAACGAGGAGGGGCUUCCGAAAGCUGUUCGCGCCGGCCGAGUCUCGCGAAAAGGUCUUGUCGGAUGCAGUCAAGAUCCUGACGGCCAAGAGCAGCCAGCCAGCGGCCAAGAACGGACUGAUACUCGGUGUCAUCGCUGGUGUCUCAGCUCGCCAGGCUGAUCUCAAGCCACUUCUCGAAAAACAAAAGCCCCAGUACUACGAGUUUUACAUCCGAGAGAUUGUCGGGUCCAAGGCGGCAGUUUCCGAGCAUGUUGCCGCCGGGCUGGGUGAUUUCUUCCUCGACUUUGCCACUAUCGAGGAGGUCGAGGCGAAGCUCAUCCCUGCAAUUGAAAAGGGUCUGUUGAGGUCGCCGGAAGUUGUCCUCGGAGGUGUCCUGAAGCCUCUCGUCAAGUCACUCCCCGACAGCUUCGACUUGUCAAAGAUCCUGGAGGGGAAGCUCGUGAAGCCUCUCCUUUCCAACAUCAAAUCCAGCAACCCUGCCAUCCGAAUUGCUGCUUUAUCGGCAUUCCGUGCCAUAGUAGCCAAGAGCUCGGACUUGAACGUGCUGGAUGGCGUCGUUGCCGAGAUUGCUACCCCCUUGGGCUCUGGCAAGAUUGCGUCUCCCGACCAUAGAAUCCUGCAUGCCGAGAUGCUGGAUGCGAUCCCUCUUUCAGAACAGAGUGCCACCAAGGCAGCUUCAGCACUGGCAACUGCGGCCACGAAGGAAGGCAAUGAGGCGGCUCUUGCUGCCGAAACCCAAGCCCUGGCGAAGGCCAGUUCUCAGGUUCUGACUGCGGGCGGUGAGCUUCCAAAGCCUGCCCUAGACGCGAUUACCAAGGGACUGGCCGAGAAGAAGCCGGCUUCUCGGAGAUUCUGGAUGCUCCGUGUUGGUAGCGUGCUGCACUCCCUCCAAGACAAGGACUCGUCUCCCGGCGCCACUGCCUUUGUCGAAGCAACGAUACCCAAGCUCUUGGCCAACUUCGACGAGGUCGUCUCCAAUGCUUCAACGGCCGGUCAGAGCGGCAUCAUCGCCGGAGCGUUCGUUCUGGUCGCUCUCACGCCAGCCAUUCUCCGCCAAUUCCCCAGCUCCUCAGUGCACGGCUCCCUGACCAAGGCCAACAUCCUGACACAGGCCCAGUCGCUGGCCACGAAGCAAGCAUUUCUCCUGAACCACCGAAUUUACAGCAAAUUUACGUCCGAGGACGACCUCCGGUGGCUCUGUCUAGCGCUGCGUGCCGUAGGGCACCGUCUUGACAGCAAGUCGGACCGUGCUGUGGUGUUGGCUUGGGCCGAGGCCUUUAUCCACUUGUCCACUGCUGUUGCCGUUCCGCCAAAGGUGCAGCACGAGUCGGCAAAGACGAUUUCCAAGCUGUACGCCGAGAGCCCAUCUCUGGUAUCUGGCUUCAUUAUUGAUGGUCUGUGGAACGGCCUCCAGAUUGACCAGGCCAAGGAGAAGGAGGGCAAGUUGGAGCGUGCCAAUCUCAUCUACGUACUGAGAUCCAUAUGCCUUGAGCCUACCGAACUUGACACUUUGGGGGCCAAGGUUGACCAAGAGGCGCUCGAGGCGCAAGCCUGUGCCAUUCUAGUCCUCUCCCGCAAGGAGCUCAUCCCGCGAUCCAGCUGGAUUGAUAUGUGCCUUAGAAUGUCAGUAGACCCUGGGACUCUGGCUCGGAAGCACUUGGAUACCCUUCUCCGGGAGAUUGCUUUGAGGACAUCAUUCGACCAGCAGUCCAUUGUCAAGCAAGCUGCCUACAACGCUGCGGCUGACCUGGCAUUUGUUUCCCCGGACACGGUAACUCCUCGCUUGGUAGAGCUCGUCGGCCGCGACCUCAGCGCAACCCAGUUGCGCGAUAUUGGUCCAGUGGAGACUGCCAUCUUCAGAACCCCGGAAGGCACUUGCUUUGUUGACGUCCUGGCCAAGAAGAAGCAGGAUAUCGUCCCGAACAAGAACAGCAAGGACUACGACAUCCUCAAAUGGGAAGAAGAGUUGAGGACCCAGCUGGAGCAGAAGAAGGGACAGCAGCGGAAGCUCACCGCUGAAGAGACUGCCAAGGUCAACGCGCAGCUAAGGAAGGAAUCCGAGAUCCGAGAGUCGAUCAAAGACAUAGAGGCAAGAUUAACCCGAGGCAUUGGCAUCAUCAAAUCCCUCGCAAGCGGCCCUCCGACCGACGCAACCUUAUGGUUGGGCUCUGCUGUGGCGCUGUUGCUGGGUGUCAUCGAUGCGGGCGCCAGCCUCAUCAUCGGGGACGUGGCUGCCCUGGCCUACCUUGCCUGCGCGGACAAGGUGUCUUCCAGACUGGGAAUGAUGCGGCCGUUUAUCGGCGUUGCGACUCUCAGGAUCCGCGGCGUGGCGCUCUCGGAGGACUACAACCAGGAGAAGGUUGAAGACUUGGUGACCAGAGUGUUGUACCGCUUGCGCUUCGCCGGCGAACAGCGGCCGUUUGACGCCGUCUCUCUGAUCUACAUGCUCCCGCUCGUCCUCGAUAUAUUGCGACAGGGAGGCGUUGGCGAAGACGAAGACGAUCGAGACGCACAACUUGUCCUCGCUCUGGAAGUUCUCUCCUUCCACACCGACGUUUGUGAGGAUGAGGCGAUCCCGCGGGCCGAGCUCCUGACGGUUCUGAUUCAAUCGUUGCAAAACUACGGGCAGCACUACAAGCUCGUUAAGGACUGCUUCGCGGACAUGUGCCGCUGCAUCGCGCCCAACAUGAGCACUGAAGAGAUGGCCGUCCUGGCCAAGGGAGCGAUCGUUGGACAGUCUGGAGUAAGGACGACUGUGCUGCAAUCAAUCAGCGCCGAUGUCGACAUGAGCGACCUGGGUUACUCAGAUGAGAUCUGGAUAUCAUGCCAUGACGAUGAAGAAGAGAACCAGGAACUCGGCAAAGAAAUAUGGGAGGAGAGCAGCUUCGAAGUCGGCGACCAAAUCCCUCUGCGCAUGCUGCCAUACCUGCAGAGUAAGGAUGCUCAGCUGCGAAGAGCCGCCGCCCGCUCUCUCGCCGAUGCGACUCAGGCGCACAAGUCCUCGCUGGCGGAAGUGAUCCCCCAGCUUAAGGCUACUUAUCUUGAGCUCGCUAAGCCCAAGGUCCAGCAGCUUGAUGAAUUUGGCAUGCCCAAGAAGAUGGACCUGUCCGACCCUUGGGAGGCGAGACAGGGCAUUGCCACCGCUUUUAAGGAGCUGGCUGCGGUCAUGGACAAGAACCAGGUCGACGAUCUCUUCAACUUCCUCAUCGAAUCCGGUCCGCUCGGAGACAAGAGCGAUGCUGUCCGCAGUGAGAUGCUGGAUGCUGCCAUCCGUGCCACGGACGUGCACGGCAAACAAAUGAUUGACGUGCUGAUGAAGAAGUUUGAGCGGACUCUGGAGCAGCCGGACAAGAACAGUGAUGCUGCUGACCGCGUUAACGAGGCUGUCAUCAUCAUGUACGGAGCAUUGGCGCGCCACCUGAAGCCCGGUGACGCUAAGAUCCCCGUGGUCAUCGAGCGACUGCUUGCGACCCUGAGCACGCCGUCGGAGACUGUGCAGUAUGCCAUUGCAGAGUGUCUGCCACCGCUCGUUAGGGCCUGCUCCGACAAGUCGUCCAAGUACUUUGAUCAAGUCAUGGACGAGCUGCUCAACUCCAAGAAGUACGCGAGCCAGCGAGGCGCCGCGUACGGUCUCGCAGGAUUGGUAUUGGGCAGAGGCAUCUCAUCGCUUCGAGACUAUCGGAUAUUGCAAACCCUCAAGGGCGCCAUGGACAACAAGAAGGACGCCCACCAACGCGAGGCUGCUCUGUUGGCGUUUGAGCUGCUGUCUACGAUUCUCGGACGACUCUUUGAGCCAUAUGCCAUUCAAAUCAUGCCGCAACUUCUGAGCGGCUUCGGCGACAGCAACGGCGACGUCCGCGACGCUUGCCUGGCGGCAUCAAAGGCUUGCUUCCGCAAGCUGAGCUCGUAUGGAGUCAAGCAGAUCAUGCCGACGCUCCUGGACGGCCUUGACGACCAGCAAUGGCGCAGCAAGCGGGGUGCUUGCGACCUUCUCGGCGCCAUGGCCUACCUCGACCCGAACCAGCUGGCAAACAGCUUGCCAGACAUCAUUCCUCCGUUGACAGGCGUGUUGAACGACAGCCACAAGGAGGUGCGGGCGGCCGCAAACCGAAGUCUGAAGCGUUUCGGCGAAGUCAUUCACAACCCCGAAAUCAAGAACCUCGUCGACGUUCUGCUCAAGGCUCUCAGCGACCCGACGAAAUACACGGAUGAGGCUCUCGACUCGCUUAUCAAGGUGCAGUUCAUUCACUACAUCGAUGCCCCGUCACUGGCGCUGGUCACGCGCAUUCUGCAGCGCGGCCUUGGCGACCGCUCCAACACCAAGCGCAAGGCGGCACAGGUUAUCGGCAGUCUGGCUCACCUGACGGAAAAGAAAGACAUCAUCGCCCAUCUGCCAGUACUGAUCGCUGGCCUGAAGGUCGCCGCCGUCGAUCCCGUCCCGACUACACGCGCCACCGCGUCCAGGGCCCUGGGUUCGCUCGUGGAGAAGCUUGGCGAGGAUGCCAUGCCGGAUCUCAUCCCAGGUCUCAUGCAAACGCUCAAGUCCGACACUGGCGCAGGAGAUCGUCUUGGUUCCGCCCAAGCCCUCAGCGAGGUGUUGGCUGGCUUGGGCACGACGCGCUUGGAGGAGACUCUGCCCACCAUUCUGUCCAACGUCGAGUCUUCCAAGGCAGCAGUUCGCGAAGGCUUCAUGUCGCUCUUCAUCUUCCUUCCUGUCUGUUUCGGAAACAGCUUCUCAAACUACCUCGGCCGUAUUGUGCCGCCCAUCCUGGCUGGAUUGGCUGACGACGUGGAAUCUAUCCGCGAAACCGCCCUUCGGGCCGGUCGCCUCCUGGUCAAGAACUUUGCUGUCCGUGCGAUCGACCUGCUCUUGCCAGAGCUUGAGCGUGGCCUAGCGGACGACAGUUACAGAAUCCGUCUGAGCUCCGUGGAGCUGGUUGGUGACCUGCUCUUCAACCUCACAGGUGUCAAGGCAAACCCCGAGGCCGAAGAGGAGGACGAGGAGGCGGCGAAGGAAGCUGGCGCCUCGCUCAAGGAGGUUCUUGGAGAGGAGAAGCGCAACAAGAUUCUAUCUGCGCUCUACGUCUGCCGCUGCGAUACCGCCGGCGCUGUCCGUUCGGCCGCUAUUGCCGUCUGGAAGGUGCUCGUGCCGAGCCCGAGGACCCUCAAGGAGCUCGUCCCGACCCUUACACAGCUGCUCAUCAAGCGCCUCGGCAGCUCCAAUAUGGAGCACAAGGUCAUUGCCAGCAAUGCCUUGGGAGAGCUCAUUCGCAAGGCUGGCGACGGAGUGUUGUCGAGCCUCCUGCCAACUCUGGAGGAAGGCUUGCAGACUUCCACAGACUCGGAUGCCAAGCAGGGUAUCUGCCUUGCUCUGCGGGAGCUCAUUUCCUCGGCAUCUCCAGAGGCCAUGGAAGAUCAUGAAAAGACUCUCAUCUCUGUUGUGCGCACUGCCAUCACGGAUUCGGACGAAGAAGUCAGAGAGGCCGCCGCGGAAGCGUUCGAUUCCCUGCAGCAGAUCCUCGGAAAGAGGGCCGUCGACCAAGUUCUGCCCUUCCUGCUGAACCUCCUCCGGUCCGAGGAUGAGGCAGAGAAUGCUCUCUCCGCUCUCCUCACCCUUCUCACCGAGACUACGCGCUCGAACAUCAUCCUGCCUAACCUGAUUCCGACUCUGAUAACACCGCCCAUCUCUGCGUUUGAUGCCAAGGCUCUGGCGUCUCUGUCCAAGGUUGCAGGCGCUGCCAUGAACAGGCGUCUGCCCAACAUCAUCAACUCCCUGAUGGACAAUGAGAUCAACUGCAAGGAGGAGGACCUCCGCGCUGAGCUCGAAACCUCGUUCGACACUGUCAUCCAGUCCAUCGACGAGUACGACGGGCUGAACACGGUCAUGAAUGUCCUUCUGGGACUAUUGAAGCACGAGGAUCACCGCAAGCGAGCAGCCACGGCGCGCCAUCUGCGCAACUUCUUUGCAGAAACCACCGUGGACUACUCCAGGUACAACCAAGACAUCAUCCGCUCGCUUCUCAACGCGUUCGAUGAUAGCGACAUGGACGUUAUCAAAGCUGCUUGGGCUGCACUCAGCGAGUUCACCAAGAAGCUCAAGAAGGAGGAGAUGGAAUCUCUCGUCGUGUCAACGAGACAGACCCUGCUGCGCGUUGGUGUCGCCGGCGCAAACCUGAAGGGCUUCGAGCUCCCCAAGGGCAUCAACGCAGUCCUGCCAAUUUUCCUGCAGGGCUUGAUGAAUGGCACGGCAGACCAGAGGGUGCAAGCUGCCCUGGGUAUCUCCGACAUUGUCGACAGGACCAGCGAAGCAUCGCUCAAGCCCUUUGUCACUCAAAUCACUGGUCCUCUGAUUCGUGUCGUAUCUGAGCGUGCCACCGAGGUCAAGGCGGCAAUUCUGCUCACUCUCAACAACCUUUUGGACAAGAUGCCGACUGCGCUGAAGCCGUUCUUGCCGCAGCUGCAGCGAACUUUUGCAAAGUCAUUGGCGGAUACCUCGAGCGAGACGCUCAGAAGCAGAGCUGCCAAGGCACUGGGAACCCUCAUCAAGUAUACUCCGCGAAUCGAUCCCCUGAUCGCGGAGUUGGUGACUGGCUCCAAGACUGCCGACCCUGGCGUCAAAACCGCGAUGCUCAAGGCCUUGUACGAGGUUAUCAGCAGGGCGGGGGCUAACAUGGGCGAAUCAUCGCGGACCGCGGUGUUGUCUCUCAUCGACAUGGACACGGACGAGAGAGACGAUGCGAUGACGAUUACGAACGCGAAGCUCCUGGGUGCCCUGAUUAAGAACGUGCCCGAGGAUGCUGCUGCGUCUCUGCUGAAACACCGCGUCCUCACUCCGCAGUCCAGCAACUCGUCUGUGCUGGCACUGAACUCGGUCCUCGUCGAGUCACCCGAUGCACUUCUGCAGAGCCCCGCCGCGGACGAACUGCCCGAUCUCCUCUGCCAGGGCAUGAUGAAUAAGAGCACGUUCAUCGCGGACAACUUCAUCCUGGCCACGGGCAAGGUGCUGCUUUCGUCGCCGCCCAAGAGCUUCGACAGCACGAAGAAGAUCUUCGAAACGUUGGCCAAGAUAAUUGAGCCCGGCAACCCCGUCGACUCGCGCCGACUUGCGUUGGUAAUCUCCCGCACCCUGAGCAGGACGAACAUGGAAAUGGUCCGUCCACACGUCCCGCUGCUGGCACCUCCCAUCUUCGCCAGCGUCAGGGACCUGGUCAUUCCGGUGAAGCUGGCCGCCGAGGCCGCCUUUGUGGAGCUCUUCAGCGUUGCAGACGAGGAGAGCCGCAUCUUUGACAAGUUUAUGGCCGGGCCUGGAGCGGACUUGCCGCCGAACACGAAGAGGAGCAUGACCGACUACUUCAAGAGAGUUGCGAUGAGACUCGGCACGCAGGCCAGGGAGAGGAGAGAGGCAGAAGGCGGGCAGGGCGGCCUUGGCCUGUCCAAUGACGAGCAAGAAGAUGAAAAGGAGAUUUGGAGCGUUGGCAAGGUGGAAAAGCGCCUUGCCGCGUCGGUCAUCGGCUGCGGCAAGCGCAAGAUCUGGCUCGACCCCAACGAGCAGAGCGAGAUCUCCAACGCCAACUCCCGCCAGACCAUCCGAAAGCUCGUCUCCGAUGGCCUCAUCAUCCGCAAGCCCGUCACGAUGCACUCCCGGUCCCGUGCCCGCGAGCUGAACCUUGCCCGAAGAGAAGGUCGCCACCGUGGCUACGGUAAGCGAAAGGGUACCGCCGACGCCCGUAUGCCCCAGCAGGUCCUCUGGAUGCGCCGCCUCCGAGUCCUCCGCCGCCUCCUCGUCAAGUACCGCGCCAGCGGCAAGAUCGACAAGCACCUGUACCACGAGCUGUACCACUCCAGCAAGGGUAACGCCUUCAAGCACAAGCGCGCCCUGGUUGAGCACAUCCACCGUGCCAAGGCCGAGAAGCACCGCGAGCAGAUGCUCAAGGAGGAGAUGGACGCCAAGCGUGCGAAGACCAAGGCUGCCCGCGAGCGCAAGCUGGAGAGGGUUGCGGCCAAGCGGAAUGCUCUGAUGGCCGAAGAGUAG